GCCAGUCACUAUGUCAUCAGCUGUCGUAGCAAAAGGAACCAUUGGCUGAUCGUGUUAUGGUGCCGUAACAACAAUGUCAUAAGGCGCAUGGGAACCAAACACCGAAAACUCGUGAGUGGAAUAUAUUCCUUGGCCCAGACCAAGACCCAGACCAGACAGCGCGCUCCAUCCUAUCAAAAACAAAACAAUCCACAACACGCAGGGCUCGGCGGGGCGGCAAGUGAGCGGCACAAGCUCCUUACAAAAACUAGGUGCUGAGUGCUGAGUGAGUGGUAAGCAGCAACAUGGUGUUCGGCCGUGUGCACCGCCUGUUCCUGCAGGUGAUGCUGGAGCGACGGACUGUCGACGAGAUUGAGGCGCAGAGAGUCUUGACGAACUGCUGCAAGGAGUUUGGGGAGCCGCUGCAGCAGCUGGAGCCGUUUGUGUAUGAGGUGAAUAAGGAGCUGGAGAGUGUGGAGCUGGCCCUCAAGACCACCGUGGAGGAGAGGGAGCAUAGCGACUGUCCUUGCCUGGUGCUGGUCAACCUCAUGACGGGCAAGGCUAACAGGAUGCUGUCAACCUUCUGCGAGCAAGACCUGAGCUUUGUGCAGAUUCUGGUGGGUGAGCUGGUGUCUUCAAGUGAUGGGGAGGUGAGGAUAAGCACUGCCAUCAACCUGGGCCUGUCAAUGAAGCAGAAGAUGAAGGCCAGUGUGUGUGAGAAGCUCAUCGAACGCCUGGUGGAGGAAAAGUGGCUCCUUCAGACCAACUAUGAGGCUGGUGACGUGUACCUGUCCCUGGGCAGCCUCACCACUGCCGAGAUCAACACCUACCUGGAGGAAACCUUUGCGGAGGAGAUAAACAAGUGCUUUUUUUGUACCAAACUCACUUUCAAGGGUUACCGGUGCCAGCAGUGUGAAGUGGCUGUGCAUCGUGACUGUGCCAACAAGUACUGGAAGACUUGCAAGAACACAAACUCCUGCCCCAGAGAAGGCUGUGAUGAGUACCUGGGCCCUGACACCACCACCACUGCCUCUCAGGGCAAGCGAAGGAGGACGGUGCCAGACAGCGAUGAGGAGAUGAACGAGGGGGAAGAGAACGAGGAAGAGGAAGAGGAGGAGGAGGAGCAGCAGCAGGUAGUUCGUAGGAGAAGCAGGUCACAAAGGGGGCAGAAGUGAGUGAUAUAAUGACAUAGCAGUGUUGGUCUGUGUCAUGUUCAUUGGUGUUUGAU